AUGCUUCCUCCAUUCGACUACUUUACCUAUCGGCGCAUACGCAACCAAAAACAAGCCGAGCGAGAACUCCGCUUUACGGGUCUUCCGCGCCACUAUCACCUCCAAAUCGCCGACCAGGACCGAAAGAUCAUCGAUCAGCCUAUCGAAGAGCUUGUUCACGAUGUGCAAGACUCGGCUGUCUCCCCACUCGAUAUCCUCCACACCUAUGGAAAGGUAGCCAAAAGGGCCCAGGAGCGGACCAACUGCAUUACCGAGUUGAUGCUGCCGGAGGCUGAGUCGUGGCUGGAGUCAGAAAUCAACCUUAAGGGUCCAUUGGCUGGUAUCCCGGUCUCUUUGAAGGAUUCCAUUCAUGUCAAGGGAUUCGAUGCAAGUGUUGGGUAUGCUGCUCUGGCUGGAAAGCCUAUCUUGGAAGAUGGGCCUAUGGUGAAGCUCUUGAAAGACGCCGGUGCUGUCCCAUAUGCUAAGACUGCGCUGCCAAUCACCUUGCUCUCUUUUGAGUCAGAUAACGGCCUCUGGGGUCAAUGCCGCAACCCGCAUAUCCCAGCAUACUCUCCCGGUGGCUCAACAGGUGGAGAGGCAGCAUUGCUGGCGCAGGGUGGCCGUAUUGGUAUUGGAUCUGAUGUUGCUGGCUCGGUGCGCGUGCCCGCCGCCUGGAGUGGUAUCUAUUCACUGCGCUGCAGCACAGGCCGCUGGCCCAAGGGCGGCGUGAAUACCAGCAUGCCCGGCCAGGAAGGUGUUCCUAGUGUGUUUAGCCCUAUGGCUCGCACCCUGGGUGAUUUGACUUAUUUCACUCGUGCAAUUAUCCGCAUGGAGCCCUGGAAAUAUGAGCACACAGUGCACCCCAUUGCCUGGCGCAGCGAGGUGGAGUCCGAAGCUCAAAAUAAGCCUCUUCGCAUUGGUCUGAUGAUGUCCGAUGGUGUCGUCCCCCCAACCCCAGCUAUUGAGCGCGCCAUCGCAACAACAGUGGCCGCCCUCACCGAAGCCGGCCACACCGUCUCAGACAUCACCCCCCCACCCAACGCCGACCCCUUCACGGGCCUGAACCUCGCCUCACAACUCCUCAACUCAGAUGGCUGCCACCACUUUAACGCCAACCUCAAGAGCUUCGAGCCAUCCGACCCAGGUGCCAUCCAACUCUCCCGCAUCGCCCACCUCCCCCGCCCACUACGUUACCUCUACUACCUCUACGUGCGCUACAUCCGUCGGGACAAGAUCUCCGCCACUCUCAUCCGCGACUUCGGCCCCAAGUCCUCCGCUCAGCUUGGUGGGAACGCCGAACCCCAACAAUUCGAUUUCAUCCUGUGUCCUGUCAACGCUACCCCGGCUCUUCCGCACAAGGCCAUGCACGAUGCCGUCUCCUCGUGCGGUUACACCUUCCUGUGGAACUUGCUUGAUUACUCCGCCGGUGUUAUCCCGGUGGGUCACGUAGAUCCCAUCCGCGACGCCCUCGCCGCACCUUACAAAACCGCCCUCAAGCGUCUAGGCUGUGACCACGGUAUUGCUCGCGGUGCGUGGAAACACUAUGACUCGGCCAAGAUGGCCGGUCUCCCCACCGCCGUGCAGGUUGUCGGUCGCCGAUGGCAGGAGGAGCACGUGCUUGGUUAUAUGGCUGUUGUGGAGAAGGCGCUUGAGCAGUAUAAUGAUCCGCAAACCGGUGAAAGCUGUCGGUAUACUCUUUUGGAAAUCGAUUAA